UGAAACAAAUACUAAGUGCAAAGAUGCUUUUAUUUUGCAGCAUAACGACAGGAAUCAUCAGUUCAGUCUUAGUUUCGGUUCAGGCACUAACGUCUGUAUUUCCUGAUGAGAAAUGAAUUGCGGGACCUGUCUUGCCUGCAUUUGUAAUCUGUCUGAUCUUGACUGGAACCCAUUUAUUUCAAGCGUCUUUGCCUCUGGUCUUGGGAGCUGCUGCGGUCCUUCUCCACACGCGUUGUUCUCCUUCUGGUCAACAGGUGGCAUUUGUUACUGUGUCAUUAACGUGAGUCUGUUAAUAGCAAAUCCAUUAGGUUAAAAGUCAAGCGAACUAAUUUGUUUCCCCAGCAUCUAUUGGACACGAUGAAAUGCGCGUCUGUCACUUAAUUGGUCUAAUAUCAGAGUAGAAACUACAUUAAACAUCUGUGAGUAAUAUUGCAGUGCUUUCUGUUUUGACGAUUUAUGAGAUUGUGACCCAAAUAGGUUAAGAUUAAAGCUCCAACAAAGAUAACUGGACAUCUUAGACCCCCAUCACUCAACAUAAGUCAGAAGAAUAGCUUCUAGAUGAAGCUGUAAUCUCGUUCUAAAGCACGUGCGUCUGAUAUUUUGUUUGAUUUAGCGAGCGUAAUUUAACGCGACCACAAGACCGCCUUCCCAAAAUAUUAUUAGCGCAUAAUUAAGCCUCGUCCAGCCUCUCGCGCCCGCUGUUUCCUGGGGAUCGUUUCCAGAGUCCCGCCUCCACCGCGCUGAGACCCGGGCGCGCUUUAACGCGCGGCACAGUGUCCGUCGCCGUAGUUUGGAGCGCGAGGGGAUGCGGGACGCGCACAUGGGCGGCUCGCUGUAAGCCUGCACGGGCUCGACCUUCACCGCAGGAUGGCCACGCGCAGCUGUGAUUCUCCGGGGGACCUGGAAGGCACCGUCUUAGAGAUGCUGGACUCCAAUGUCUCCAAGACGCUGCGCCAAAGCGGCGUCACCAAGAGCUCCAGCUGUGGAUCCGUAUCAGUCGGUUUCCCCAUAACCAUGAUGAUCACCGGCAUGGUGGGCAACUCGCUGGCGCUGAUUCUCGUGUAUAUCUCGUACAAAAAGAAGGAGAAUAAAAGGAAAAAGUCCUUCUUGCUGUGCAUCGGAUCGCUGGCGCUCGUUGACCUGUUCGGGCAGCUUCUGACCAGUCCAAUAGUGAUCUCCGUGUACAGAGCCGACCUGCAGUGGGAGCAGAUCGACGCGUCGGGCAAACUGUGCGCCUUCUUCGGCGCGUGCAUGACCACCUUUGGCCUGUGCGCGCUCUUCCUGGCCAGCGCCAUGGCGGUGGAGCGGGCCCUGGCGAUCACGAGCCCCCACUGGUACUCCAGCCACAUGAAGACGCGCGUGACCAAGCAGACGCUGGCUCUCAUCCCGUGCCUCGUCGUGCUCUUCGCGCUGCUGCCCGUGGCGGGGGUCGGCAGGUACACGCGCCAGUGGCCGGGCACGUGGUGCUUCAUCAGCAUCGGGGACAGGGAGGUGCGGGGCAACCUGUUCUUCGCCGUCACCUUCGCGGCGCUCGGCAUCUCCUCUCUGCUCGUGACGCUCUCCUGCAACGUGGUGACGAUCCGCGGCCUGGUUGUCCGGUGCAGGACCAAGUCCGGCCCGUCCCAGUCGUCCAAGCAGUGGGAGCGUCUCACCACGGAGACCGUCAUUCAGCUGCUAGGGAUCAUGUGCGUCCUGCUUGUGUGCUGGUCUCCGCUGCUGGUGCUGAUGCUGACCAUGAUCUCCACCCGCGUGUCCUCACACGAGUGCAAUUCCAAGAGCCACGAGGUCCACUUGGACUGCAACUUCUUCCUGACGGCGAUCCGUCUGGCCUCGCUCAACCAGAUCCUCGACCCGUGGGUCUAUCUGCUCCUCAGGGAGAUCCUCCUCCGCAAGUUCUGCCUCGUGGCCAACGCCGUGUCCAACUGCUCCACCAAGGACCGCAAGGAGACCCAGACGGCGCUCGAUGCGCUUAAUAAGCAGAAUCAGGACGACACCGACAGGCCACGGGGGAGCUAAGUCAGCGGAUGCGGCACAGACUGGACGGGUGCGGACGUGAAUGCACUGGUGUCGAUGGGUUUCUCACGGUGCAGCGACAGAGGUACUUGUUGCAGCGGUGCUGACGACCUGCCGGUUCUGCUCAUUCAUCAGCCCCGAUCCCUCCAUCAGUCACCCAACCAGCAUGUGGACGCAUGACCGGGUCACCCUGCAGCAGGACCCCCCCCCCCAUUGCAAACAACGGGAUCUCCUGAUCCUCGGGUGACGCUAAAAUAAGACGGAAGUGCUAUUCACGCUGUUUUUCAUGCAGUUACAAAGGCUUUGCAACAUCUCACAUGAGCAUCAACAUCUGACAAAAGAGCAGGUGGUCAUUCAGAAAGCUCAAUAUUAUUUAUUUGUUUAAUGUCAGAGUAGUUAUUAAUGUGAAGCAGUAAUAUAAAGUCACUUUGUUUGAACGCUGACGGUGCUGCCUGCAGCUUUCAGCACUUAUUUAUAAUGUUCUGUAUGUGGAGAUAACCAGCUUUGUGAAACAUUGGUCAUUGACUUCUAACGUCUGAUCACUUGAAAAGUGUUUUCCUCAUUCACAAAGUGUGCGUGCGAAAGCGCUUGUGUGGCGUAUGAUGAGAGGAUCCUGGUGAAAGUAAAGCGAAGGAUGCUGAAGGCUGGUCUCCAGAAAGAUCACGAAACGACGGAGGAGCACAUCCAAAGUGUUUGUAACUCAGCUGGUCACAGUAACACACACGGCCGUAGCUGCACCCACUCUACUCACAACACUUAUUUAUUGUUUGCAUUGACGGCUGGUUACAUUGUAGACAAUGUGCCAAGCUGCACAUCUGUUACCUCCCACUACACGUAUACGUUAGCUCUUUUGCUAUCAGAUGACUAAAUGAAUUGGGAGCAAUGACGCUUACAGUGUUGUACUGUAAAUGGGAUCGCUUGCCUUUUUGUCUAAUGCUGUUUAAUUUGUGUAAUACUGUAAAAGCUUUUCUAAACAUUGGUCAAAGUCGUCUGAAGGACACGUUUGCUGACACGGCAGCCUUCACUUUAUGAGACAGUAUCUCAGCACCAACCAGCUACUACAACAGCCUUCUCAGCACUUCACUCAACAAGAACAGACUAAUUCUCUGCCUUAUAGUCGAUGCCUUUUACUGGGACGGUGACAAUGAAGCCAUGUGAAAUAUCAGUGUUUCCGUUUCUACAGGAUCUGUUUGCUGCCAAUCCAGAGCAAAGUUGACCUUGCACUGAUUGUGAAGCCAAUCUGCCUUAGUAGCCCAUUCAAAGGAUUAACCUUGGCUGCUAAACGGGAAAAAAAUAAACCAAACAUUUGUGUUGCAUGACAUCCACUUAUAGUGUACGUAGCCCACUGUCAGCUAUGAAUGUUUAAAUAUGCUGUCGUUCCUAUUAAAAGGAUGAAUAUUAACAUGCUAACGUGCCAAGGGGCUGCCUCUGGGGACUGUAGGAGACUAACAGGAAUAAUAUGGAAUAAUAACAGCUGCCUUUUAAUGUGAUGACUUAUGAAUAUGUAACACAGAGGUUUACACUGGAGACGGGUUAUACAGGUAGAUGGGGGACAGAGUCACUUGGAGAGGUCCUGUAUAAUGUUAUCCUCAUCUUAGGAGGUGUUUUGGUUUCAGUCAUAUUUACAGAUACAUAGCUAAAGAUUAAUAUGUUUAUUGAUGAAUUAGGUUUAUACGAUGUUCAUUUAUUUUAAUUGUUUCCCCAUAAGGGAAUAUUUUCUGCCCUGAUACACCUUUAUGUAUUAUUUCAGUAAAGCGUCUCGUCUGGUCCAUGUGUUUGCUCUGUACAUGAGACCGGACACGUCUGCAGCCAUGUGUUCGCCGGUCAGCGGUCACAUGACCAUCAGGUCACAUGGGCAACUAGAGAGAGCAAAUACAAACCCAGGAACGACGCGAACUAGGCUGUAAAUGUGCGUUGUUGUUAUGAUGUUAGCUGAUGCAUCUGAACGUUACUAUAGUGACUCAGUGUCUUGUCACAACAAUGUUAUGUGUUUCUGCUUAAUAGCAUUUCGAUGCUGAUGUUUCCUGUGAUAUUGUACGUACGUUAGCAUCGUUGUUGCAUGAAUGCAUACGUCUGAAGGAAGUUGCACAUUGGUUCAGCUGUUGAUUUCAAAUAUUGAUCCUCUUUUACCAACAUAGUGACGACACCUUUAAGGCCCGGAGGUGUUGGUCUGUGUGUUCUUAAUGCACUGUUGCUUCAUGAAUACUUAACCACAUCUGUCUGUUAUGUGGAUAUGGAGGUUAGAAAUACUUGAAUCAAUACUGUGAAUGUUUCAUAGGGAUCCUGGUGUAAAAGGAGCACAGCUUUACAGUGUUUAUAUUUUGUAACUCGUGCAUAUAUUUUCUCUUCAUUUCAAUAUAUGCAAUACCUGACUGACUUAAUCAGAAACAGCGUUUCAAUGAAUGAGAAUAAAAAGGUUAGGAUCCGUCGGGUUUAUUGUGAACGCUCAACUAAACAGGCGUGUUUAUUCUAAGCAUAUGUUCACAUUGUGCAGCGGUGAAUAAACACCUCAGCAGUAACAUCUGGGCUUUAUUUCGUGCAUUUAAAAUAAUGAUUGCGUCCAUUCGCUAAGUUGCUUGGGGUUUUAAGACUGACUCAAUUGUUCCAGGCAGCUUCCACUCAAAUCUGCAUCAUGUAAUUACCUCUGCAUCCAAGUGAGGAAGAGUAAUUUCACAAAGGGACGUUUCUUUAAGAUGGCUGUGAUUCCAAGCAGCAAAAAAGCAGACGGAACAAUAGAAAUAGUAUUGGUAUUGUUUGUAAAUAGAAAAGAUAAUUUCAGCGCUGCUUAAUGGACGCAGUGAAAGCCCAGGCACGCUUCACGGUGAGUGCUCGCCAUGAUAUUUCCACUGGAUCCUCUCAUGAAAUAUAAAUGUUGAUUAGAAUUUAUUGUGCUACUCGGUAAUAUGAGAUGGGAACACAUGCAAACACCAGCGUAUUGAUCCAAAUGGUGUCAUUUUUAAAAGUAAUGAUGUUUGGCCUCAUUAGGAAAUGUCUCAGAAUUCAAUUUGCCGUCCACUACAAACGUUCUGCUGCAUAUUCAUUUGUGUUAUACAUUAACUCUGUGAGGAAAAUACAAUGGAGCACCAAAUGCUAUUCAAGGUCUGACUUUAAGGUCAACUUCACUUUGCGCACGCUAACAUUAUGUUUCUGUGAAGGCACUUAGCAUGAGCGGAGAGGGAGGAGUGCAAUCCCAUAAUGAGUUGAAAAAAGGCUUUCUGGAGCCCAGAGAACCCGACCGCUGCCAACUGGCUCCAUCACGCUCACUCAAGUCUCUAAUGCAUGGAAGUGAUUGAGGAGAUUGCCUGUUUCACUAAGGGGCCGCUGUCUCCAGAUUCCACGACAGAAAGAGAUGGAAAGAGGAAGUUUCUGAUUAAAACGGUGGAUACUUUACCUUUCAACCAAAUAGCAUCCGACGGUUGUUCCACGUGAGGCGCCACCAUCGGUUCACAGAUAAACCACAGAAUGAUUUGCAGCCAAGAAACGUUCUCCUACACUUUAAAAAGUGCAUUUAGAACACAAGGACGCAGGCGUUAAUGGAAGCCUGCGUGAAGAGCGCUCGACUGUGUCACAGCUGCAGCUCUGCUGGUGCAGGUGCCUAAAUGACACACGCUCGAUAUGCAUCUUAUUGUCUUUUGUUCACACUGUGACUCUGCUUUUGAACGUUGUGUAACGUGAUCUUCCUGUUCGCUGUCAUUUGUCCAUACGCUGAUUUUCAGUUUGUCUCCUCUUUGAGGCACCUUGUGUUGGUUACUCUUGUUUUUUGUGUUACAUGUGUAAAAUACUGUAUUGUAUUGUGUAUUUUCUUUACACUGUAGACAGACAUUUAUAUACUGUAACUAUUAAAAUAUUCUUUGGUGCAUUAUAUAACUGACUGUUAGCAGCAGCAUGUACAGUGAUUCACCUACAGGUUAAGACCCUUUUUUCAGAUUAUGUCAGGCUUUUGUGUCAUUUCCUUAUUAAUUAUUAAUACUUCUCUCUAACUCCCAUUAGGCCGAACAAUACGUUUUCAAAGAACAGGGUUGGUGCUUCAGUCCUCUCCUCCACACGCCAGGUUGUGUGUGUUUACUUUAGUCGUUUCAAAAAAAUGCUUGUUAAAUGCAAAUGUCUGAAUUCGUAGUUCAAAUAGUUUCUGGUUCUGGUUCAAGCAUAAUUAUUUAAUGUGGGGUUUUAUAUCACCUGCUUCUGUUCUGUUCUUGGAGUAAAACACUGCUGAGGAAGAGGAAGAUGUACUGGAGCAGCUGGUGAUGUCAUAGAACGAUGCUUUAGAUCAGUGCAAACGCUGGAACAUGCUGCUGGAAAACUCUGUCUGUGCUUGUGCUCCUUGUUGACAUUGUGCAACAUGUCUCCUAUGAGCAAAUAAAUGGAACCAUGUUGUACCGC